UCUUCAUCGACGGGUUAAACAAACUUGGUGUCCGUCGCUCACACUGUGGUCUUGUCGCGUUCUACCCAGAGCGCAUUCGCGGUCGUUCGAUAAUAAAGUUAAAGAUCAACAAGCGAGCAAGCGAUAAAAAGAAAUCGCUCUCACCAUCAAGAAUUCAAAUGAGAUGCAAAUUCUACCAGCGAUAAUGCGAUUAUUAGUGAUUUUAAGCGCUUCGCUGCUGACCGUCGUCGUACGAGCCGGGACUCUAGUGUCCCGUUCCGAUGUUGUAACGUCGUCAGUCGUCGCUACCGGAAGUGUUGGCGGUAGCAGUGGUGGUGCAGUGUUAUUUUUAAGGCGGCCACCGGGAAUGGCAGUGCCCACCAGUGUGGCCCUACCAAGGCCGAGGUCGAUACAGGAUGCUAGUUCAGUGGGAGCUCAAUCCACUGGUAGCGGACAGCCAGUGUCAGAGAAGAAUGUCUACCGGACGAAGCUGUCCAAGCUGAAGCUGAUUCUGCUGGCCGAUAUGCUGAAUGAUAUUCCACCGCAGCUGGAAUUAAUCACCUGUCUGGCGAACUCAUCGACGCUCAACGUUACCACCAAGCACUGUGCCUGCGAGACUUACUCCUGCAAAGAUCUGCUGACUUCAUCGCCGGGUUCAUCACCUUUCAACUUGGUAAACCAGAGAAAGAUACACAACUCGUGUCGUGACUAUUGCUGUCGCAAGAAGAAAUUCAAUCGCUCCAUAGACCCGACGAUCCAGAAUGCCGUGGCUGCAGUGUUCCGUCAUAAUUCGUUCGCGCCAUCCCGAACGCAGUCGUCCUCCGCCGAUAAUGCCGCCGGAGUACUGGUGACAUCCUCAACCUUGAGCUCGUCAUCAUCGCUAUCGUCGUCGUUGUCACAUGCGCAGCCGGCACGCCAAUCACCACGCCGGCAUUGCGGAGGUAGCACCGUCAAUCAAAUUGCAAUUUCGAGCGACGAGGGCUACAGCAGGGACCCAACCAGAACUAACCAACCUCAUUCGGUACGGCAGCAUCAGCAGCAGCAACUACAGCAGAAUCUUCCCUGGCUCUACCGGGUGAUUUUAAUUGAAAAAGGACUCACAAUUUGCGCCGGAACGUUAAUCCAUCCGAGCGUGCUGUUAACCACUGCAGUCUGCGUGAUAAACAAAAAUCCCGACCAGUUAAUUGUGCGGCGCCAGUCAAGCGAAACCGGCCGGAUAGCCGUUGAUGAGGAGCAGUCGCGUGCCAUUCGAAGGAUCGUCAUACCGGACCAGUUUGCGACGACGUUCGAACGACUGGAGAACAAUGUUGCUCUUCUUGUUCUGGAACAGGACAAAGGCAAACAUCAACCUUCCGACGAGGAAGAUAAUACAGUAUUCAAACAGGCUCUCUUCAGAAACAUCAGUAGAACUGCAGCCGCGUCUACGACUACCACCGCUACCAUCUGGCUCCAACAACAUGCGGAAGUAAGCCCUAACAGUCGAAGAAACAACUCUUCUUCACUGGCUCAGGAUCCGUCCGUAGGCUUCCCUCCAUCUUUGGUUAUCGCAGGGAACAAGCCGAAUCAUCAACCAGAAUCGUCGGCCUAUAUUUGCUUAUCAUCAAUUAUAAAUCAUCCUUCACCGGCAAUGUCCAAUAUUUGUCAAACUUACUCCUGGAGAAAGCUUCGGAAAAGUGCCAGUGCUGGUCGGUCGUCCACCGGUGGAGCAGGAGGAGCUGGAAGCCGGAGGCAGCGGCUAAACCAACGGGUACGACAACGGAGCCGAACCGUGCGGCUGAACCGAACCGGCUCCGGUGACGAUGGCACUAAUUACAUAACGGCAAAUAUUAGCAUUUUUCCGGCCAACAGUAGCGAAUGCCGUCGGGAACACCGGGACUAUCUGCAGCACCAGGGGAAUCUGUGUGCCGGCCCGGUGGAUAAAAGUCGCAGCUUGCAUGUGGACCUUAGCGGAUCACCCCUGAUUUGCACCGAACGGUCAGAGGACGGAGCGACGGCACGGGUGGAACUGCGAGGCAUUCUGACCUGGUCGACGGACAUCAACCGGGCGCCACAUCUGUUCACCAAUCUGACCACCUACCGGAGCUGGAUCGAAGACGAAUUGGAUAAACUGGAUCAGCUGGAACUGUUGCAGCAAUCGUCGUAAUUAAGUUUAGGUGCUCUCUUGCUAUUAUAUCGUAGUCGUUUGAGGAGUCUUCUAGUGAGAUUAAACUUUUUUUUUUAUUUCUUAUAAGUGAUACGUGAUAAGUGGAUUUUCACGGCAAUAAAAUUGCUUUUUAUUAUUUUUUAAAUAUUUGAUGAGC